GUGUGCGUGAGAAACGUUUGGAAGUUGGGAACAAGAGUAUAGGCAGCGCUCUCGGUACACUGAUUUUUUGUGCCGAAUUUUCCAUAUUUAACGCAAAUAUACAUAGAAUAAAAACAGUGGUGAAAUCUUUUAUAAUUUUGUGUGCUCGUGCAACUGAUCCUCGAGGGAAAAGACCUGAACGAGAAUAUAAGGACAGUUUUCCGACCAGCGGGUUCGUAAAAUGGCGGUGAUUGGCGGUGAGCGGUAGAGAGGAAGAAGAUCGCGUUCGGUCCACGCUCAAGUUUUGUUUUGGUUUCCAACCCGUGACCAUUUCCGACAGAUUUCGAUACCUGCCACGAGGCACCACCGUGACGGACGGCUUUUUGCAAUUUUUUCCUCCAUUUUCGACAGUGAUUAAUCAUCGAGACUGAUCGCGUAUACGAAUUUGUGCUUCGGAGGGUGAGGACCAUCGGUCCGUGAUCGGGAUUCUAUUCCGUUGAGUCGACCGCGAUGCCCGUGACAUAUCUUUCCAGGAUUCCUGACAGCCCCAAAAGGAGCAAGAGUGCACAGGACGGAAACGUUUCAUCGAGGACAACGGACGCGAGUCUGGACAAGGUCAUCUCUGGGUUUUAGACACACCGCGAAGAUAAAUCGUCAAAAUGAAGAUCGAUAGGAGCAGAUUGAAAAAGUGCACUUCAGAAGUGCCUGCGGAAUGUCAAGCUUUAAUAAGCAAAUUGCGUUCUUGCUCGCACGCUGAAUUGCUUGAAGAACUGAAGCAAAUAGAUGCAUGGACAUUCGGCAAGUGCGAACUUUUCCACUGGAUCGACGUUCUGGACCUCAGCGACAGCAUCCUCGAGGAAGCUGCGACCCGGAGUUCUGAUAAUCCUUGGGAACUAGCUUGUGAUUUACCCCAGAAUAGCGAGGCAAAAGAAUUGCUAUUAUGGGUUCUUCACUUCACGACGCUGUUGAUCGAGCACUCAUUUUCCAGGCACUUAUACAACAGUAUGGAACAUCUGGUAACCUUGUUGUCCAGUUGCGACAUGCACGUCGUCCUCGGGGUCUUGAACCUCUUAUACAUGUUUAGCAAACGUAGUAACUUCAUAACUCGAUUGAAUAGCGAUAAACGACAAGCUUUACUGAGUAGGCUCAACCACCUAGCCGAGAGCUGGGGAGGUAAAGAAAAUGGCUUCGGUCUAGCCGAUUGUUGCAAAGAUGGUCCAGAAAAUUCGUAUCCUACAAGUGCCACAACCCUGCACUUUGAAUUCUACUCUGAAAAUUCAUCCGGAUCAGAUUCGUCGGGCAAUAAUUCUAGUACUCCUAGCGCAAAAAAGACUGGACAGACGAAUCUUGUCACAUAUAUUCACAUAGAAAGUGUUCACAAGCUUGAGAAAACCCCAGCACAGAUUAUGAACGAUUUGUUGAAGGUCUACAAUGUUCCCCAAGAACGACAGAUGGCGCUUUUAACACAUAUUAGACUAGCACACAGCUUUCACGACUAUCGUAGACGUUUACAAUGCGUCCAAGCCCGUCUCCAAGCACUUUCAGUACUCGUUUACAGCAAUGCACUGCAGGAAAAUGCGCAUAGUCUUCUUCACGCCGGACUCCUGGAGGAGUUGGUCGAGUUGCUGGAGCUUCCAAAUAAAAAUCUCGUUGAAAUCAGAGCUGCCGCAUUACGUACUCUCACAAGCAUCAUACACCUUGAUCGCAAUCCUCACUUUCCAAAGAAACCAGGGUCACGAUUAAACAUGAUAAUCGACGUCACUGGUGCAAGUUCCUAUCAUGGAUUUCUCCCUGUUCUCGUACGAACUUGCAUAACAACUUUAACUUCUCCACAACCAGACGGACAAACAUUUCCACUACCUCUGGCCACAGCUUUAUUUAGUUUUCUCUAUCAUCUUGCAAGUUACGAAGCUGGAGGUGAAGCCCUUGUCAGCUGUGGAAUGAUGGAAAGCCUUCUAAAGGUUAUCAACUGGCCAGGGAGUGAACUAGAACACAUUACUUUUGUAACGCGAGCCGUGAGAGUUAUAGACUUAAUCACGAACAUAGACAUGCAAGGAUUCCAAGCACACUGUGGUCUGAGCAGUUUUAUAAAAAGACUCGAUAUGGAGGUCAAUGUAUGCAGAAAAGAGCAACCAUUCGAAAUUGAGCCCCAGGACAUAAUAGUGACCACCGAGACGACUAAUUCAGCCACAGAAUCAUCAUCAAGUGCACCCGAAGUCGGUGGUGCCUCUAGUCGAACGAACGAAGCCUUCGACGAGAGAGAGGAGAUCUCGAACCCCAUGGAAUUCUCGGAAGACGAGACCAUGAUUAAGACUGAUGAGAAACCCGAGCAGCAACCAGAUUUCUCGGCAGCUAAGAGUGGAAAGACUUGUUUACCUCAGCGAGCAGCCUUGCUCAAAUCGAUGUUGAACUUUUUGAAGAAGGCUAUCCAAGAUCCCACCUUCUCGGACAGCAUUCGACACGUGAUGGAGGGAACUUUGCCAUCCUCGUUGAAGCACAUCAUCAGCAACUCGGAGUACUACGGACCGUCCCUUUUCCUGCUGGCUACCGAUGUCGUUACUGUCUACGUGUUUCAAGAACCGUCCCUUCUCUCCACUCUGCAAGACAAUGGACUCACUGAAGUCGUUCAACACGCUUUACUCACGAAAGACGUGCCAGCCACCAGGGAAGUUUUGGGAUCACUGCCAAAUGUCUUCAGUGCUCUCUGUCUGAACACAAGAGGCCUGGAAUCGUUCUCGAAACGUCGUCCCUUCGAACGUUUGUUCAAAGUACUUCUCUCGCCCGUUUAUCUCUCAGCGAUGCGUAGACGUCGUAGUGUUGAGCCUUUGGGCGACACAGCUUCAAAUCUGGGCAAUGCUAUGGAUGAACUGAUGAGACAUCAGCCGAGUUUGAAGGCCGAUGCGAUAGCGGCUAUCGUCAAACUUUUGAAGGAGUUGUGUGUCCUGGGAUGUGAUCCGCGCUACAUUUGCUGGCGAGCCGCGAACAAAACGGACAAUUCGCCAUCGCACUCAAAUUCUGCGAGUCGUCAGUCCUCGGGACAAUCUGUGGGGGUUGGAGUUGGUGAUACCAAUGGAAGUAGCGGUGGUGGUGGCGGAAGUAGUAGUGACGAGGAAGAGGAAGAUGAGGAGGAGGCGAGUACCAGUUCGCAUCCACAGCGUGAGGAACAACCGUCACCUUCACCGGCACAACCUGGACCUCCGCCCGCACCUCGAGAAAAAACACCAAUUGCUCUGGUCGAUUACAUUCACAAUGUGAUGAAGUUUGUGGAUGCGAUUCUCAGCAAUAAUUCGACUGAUGACCACUGCAGAGAAUUUGUGACACAAGAUGGUUUGGUGCCACUUUUGUCGAUUCUGGGAUUGCCGAAUUUACCGGUUGAUUAUCCGGUCGCCCAAGCCGCGCAAGCUGUUGCUUCUGUCUGCAAGAGUAUCCUCAAUCUCGCCCACGAACCCCAAGUUUUAAAAACGGGCUUAUCCCAGCUGAACGACGUUUUGAAUCUGCUGAAACCCCUUCACAGUCACAUGGACGCUCCAGGAGGAUCCGUUCUACUCCACGAACUUGCAUCAGCACCAAACCUCGAAACAGCUUUUACCAGCGAUCUUGCGACUCCCCUUCUUCACGCAAUGAACGCCGCACACGGAUACGUCGUUCUCUUUGUCCACGUCUGCCGAACCAGCCAGAGCGAGAUUCGUAAUUUGUCGAUGAACCACUGGGGUUCAGAGUUAGGCUUGACUGUUUUGAAAGGUCUCUCUGAACUCUACAUGUCCCUUGUCUGGGAAAGCACCCUUCUGCUUGCUCUCUGCAGUGACGACAGCAUUCCAGCUGGAUGUGACUUUGGCAAAGAAGACAUGGAAAAACUUGUUCCGCCUGAAUUGCGAGUUGAAGGUGAAACUUCAACUUGGUCCGGCGUUUCUGCCGACAUGGGCAGCAAUGGAAUGACGACAGCUAUGGAGGCUUUGAGCACCGAUCCUCCUCCAGUUUCGAUGGAAGUCGACGAUAAACCAAGCACCAGCACUGGACGAACCUCGCCCAGCACACACCAACUUAAAUACAUCAAACCUCUGCUUGGCGCCUCGUCCAGAUUAGGCCGAGCUUUGGCCGAGCUUUUUGGACUUCUCGUUAAACUCUGCAUGGGAUCUCCAGCGAGAACGCGAAGAGGACAACUCCCUGUGACACCAGCAAUACCCUCACAAGCUGCAAGAAGCGUCGCGACCGCUCUCAACUGUUUGCUGACGCGUGGCCUAUCCUGGGACAAACUUCCACCCUCACCCAUCCCCAAAUUCAAGUUAACUUUCCUGAUCUGCUCGGUGGGUUUCACCUCGCCCAUGCUCUUUGACGAGAAACGACAUCCCUAUCAUCUCAUGCUGCAAAAGUUUGUUAAACUGGGUGGCCAGGAUGCGUUCUUUGCCACCUUUCGCUGGGCACUUUCAGGCGGUGGUCUCUUCACUUUAACCGAGGGACUCGAACAUCCAAAUCUGCCCGACGGAACUGGAGAAUUCUUGGAUGUGUGGCUCAUGCUUUUGGAGAAAAUGGUGAAUCCCAAGGCAAUUCUGGACUCGCCGCAUGUCGUCUCCUCGAAGUGCACUGGCGUCUACAAAGUUUACGAGGCUUUUGAUCCUAUCAAGUAUCUGCAGGACAUUCACAAAAAGGCGUUCGAGGCCGUUAUGAUGAUGUGGAGCAAGAAGCCUCUGAAGAAUUAUGGAGCUAGAAUGACCGAGUCGAUUCUCUCUAUCUUGCGACACAUUCUCCGUGGUGAGAAGAUUAUUAAAGAUCGUGCGGAGAAGGAAGAGACAGCAGAGACAGCGGCGGCAGCUACUUCUGGAAGUACUUCUUCCGGAACUGCUAGUAGUAGAACUGGUGGAACGGCCGCAGAUCGCGGAGACUUGCCUGAGACAAUUGUUAAUCGAGAUCAUCUGCGACAACUCAUGGACAUGGGUUUCAAUCGAAAUCACUGUAUCGAGGCUCUUUUACACACUGUGACUUUGGAACAAGCGACUGAUUAUCUCCUCACGAAUCCAGCUACCUCGAGACGAGCUGAACUUCCCUCGGGUGACGCGAGUGGUCAGGGUCUCAUCAUGGACUUGGAAUUAGUCGAUGAUGAUCAAAUGAUGCAUGCGAUUGUAAUGUCGCUGGGUGAAACUGACACGAAAAAGACCCCCGUUCCCGAAGAACCAGUCCGCGAAGUUUCAGUAACUGAGAGCAUCGACGAGUUUACGAAAUCGGCUCUGGAACAGUGUCUUAAUCUUCUAGACCUGAUGCCGGAUACUGUGUACAGAAUCUGCGACUUACUCGUCACAGUCACCAAAAGAAAUGGCGAUGAAUGGCGAGAUAAUAUGCUUCGCCAGCUGAUACACGAGAUUCGGGAUUUGGUGAGCUUUUUGAUUGAAACCGCCGAGGGCCAGGGCGAAGAUGCCGGUACAAAAUUGGUGGAGUGUGAAGAAGCGAACAAGGUGGCUGGACGAAUUUACCUCUACACUCUCUUCUUCGAGAGCAAUUUCCAGGAGAUGAGAGUACCUUGUGCUCAGAUUGUCGAGGAUUGCGGAAUCCUGGAGAAGCUUGUGCAGCUCUUGGUUAUGAGUGAGGCGCCUUUGACAGCGACUAAGAACAAGGUUGCGAAAGACAGCAAAGAAGCCGUUCUUCCCGUGAAAACACCAAAGUGGCUCGCUCCCUUGUUACUCCUCAUCGAUCGAUUGGAGAAAGUUGCUGUGCUCAUGCAGAGAAAACAACUGAUGCACAGGGUGACAAAUCGCGUUUGGAAAUGGUUCGAUCUCACCACCGGAAAGUGGAUGCCUUACUCAACCGCAAACAAUCGUACGAUCAAUGAGGCUUACUGGGCUGGAGAAAACCAGGUGAGGAUAUCUUACAGUCGAAGAAGAUACCUAAUUACCUUUUCUUGCAUGACGCAAGUCAAUGAAGACACGGAAAAUAGAAGACCCAUCACAAUGGGAUUCAAGACGACGGGAACGAACGAGGAGAAUGCUGAUUCUAACAUGGAGACUGAGGAGGCAUCCGCUGAUGACAAAGACAAGGAGAAGGAUAAAGAAAAGGAGAAGGAGAAGGAAAAAGAGAAGGAGAAAGAGAAAAAUAAGAAUGUUGUCAUUCAGGGAUUAGAUCCUACGAUAACUCCAAGUAUUGUCCGAGCUUGUGUCAAACUACUUGCGAUUCCUGUAGAUCGUGACGCCUUGCACGCCCUGAUGAAGGUGUGUCUGCGUCUGACAAGGGAUUUCAAAAAUGCCGAGGUCUUUGCUCGUGAAGGUGGUGUUCGUCUUCUCCUAGACAUGACCCAGGCAAGUAGCUUCAUUGGCUGCAUCAAUCUGAGCACUCUUCUCAUCAGACACACCCUCGAGGAGCCGAGAACUCUUCGUCUCGCCAUGGAGAAGGUUGUACGAACACGCACACAGUCGAAUAUUCCACCAACAUACAAGGAAGUUCUCUUUAUGACGCGGCAAAUUAGCAGUGCAGUUUGUCGCGAUCCCGAAGUUUAUCGAGAGGUGUGUGAAAACAUUCUGCGUGUUGAUGUCGGCGUUCUGAAAAGGGACGAUGUUGACAAUAGACUGGUGGUUAAAGCUCUUCCACCUCUUCACGCUUCAUCCUCGCCAAUGGCCGAAGAAAUGUCGAUUGAAGUGAUUCACGAUUUGUUGAAUGCACUCAUUAAACCGAUGCCUGUUCUACCCGAAGAUAGUUCAGCCUCGCCUGCCUUCAGUCCAGAGAAGAAAGCACCUCAUCCGACGACUUCUUCGUCUUCUUCGACAGCUGCGACUGCCACAACUUCGUCCUCGAGGAGAGACAUGAUGAGAAAUAAUGUCGCGACGACAAGCGAUCCACUCGAUGACGAUGAUCAGGUAUCGCAAAUUAUUCCCCUGAAGAUGUACACGGACUUGGGCGGCAAUGGCAAGGUGGAACCGGAAGAGGCGAAGAAACCACUUUUACCGAAAUCGGCGAUUUUGAAGAUGCUGGCUGAGUCGGUGCGAUCCUAUGGAGCUGUUGCUAAUUUGAUCACGGAGUAUAGUUACCGGGCGGGUCAGAGUGAAAUGAUCACUGAAGACACGACUGCAUUGGCCUUCCUUCUGGACAAACUUCUGCCAAGUCUGCCGGAGAAUUGGAGCGAUCGACAGUGUGGAACGAUGGCGAGGAUGCUGGUUGCGGCGAUCGCCUCUUGCAAUCAUUCACCGGACGCGCAGAGCACUCUUGUCUCGGAAGUCAAGGCUGCUUUGACGAGAACUCUGGCGUUGUCUGAAACCUCAGCAAAACACUCGCAGUUGCAGAUACUCAUUGGAUUGAUAUCGACGAUGAUUGAUAGCUGUCCGCCCACAUCUCAUACGCAGUUGAGAGCCUCGCUCAAGGUUCAUCAGUACAAUAACGUGAAUUAUAUUGUGAGGAUAAUGCUGAAGAAGGGAAUUAUCACCGACCUGGCGAAGAUUCCGCACAGUUUGGAUCUGUCGAGUCCUAAUAUGGCGGCGACGAUUAAUGCGGCCUUGAAACCACUUGAAACGUUGUCGCGGAUUAUUAAUCAACCGAUGCCGGGAGCGGUUAAUAAUAAGUUUACGAAGCCAAAGAAUAGGACGACUCAGGAGGAACAGGUGGGUGAACAGUCGGGAACUACGACUUCGGAGGCCACUCAUGCGGUGGGUGAAGAAGUGAAUGAGGAUGCGGAAAAUACGGAGCAUGAUAUUUCGGUGGCUGCUGAGAGUCUGGAGCCUACUUCUGAAGGUCAGGGACAAGAGGGCGAUGAGGCGGCUCUGGAGGAUAUCAUGGAUCAACUUCUGGAGAGUGUCCUUUAUUCUAGGGACGGCUCGGCCGUGGCCGAAGAACCGUCUUCUCGGCCACAUAGACCUAUGGAUAUCGACGAUGAGAGCCUGGCCAUGCGAGACAACGAAGGUGACUUCGACCCAGCACGUGACACCACCUUGUCAAUUUCCCAGGAGGACCUCUUGAGCUCAGAUUCGGACUCUGACAGUAAUCCUUCUGAAGACAAUGAGGAUGAAGUGCAAGACGAUGAUGACGAGGAAGAGGAGGAGGAAGACGAUGGUGAAGAGAACGAAGAAGAGGAGGAGGAGGAAGAGGAAGGCUCUUCGAACUACGAAGAAGACGGAAUGGACUUUUACGAAGAUGUUGGAGAAAGUGUUUUCCGAAUGCUCCCCUCCUCAGAACGUGACGUGAGCAAUGUCGUUAUGAUCCAGCACAACUUUGGUAACGAAGGUGCCGAUCAUUCAGCAGCACCCGCUGCUGGAAGGCCAAGUCUUCCAUGGAGUGCAAAUAUGCCUCUACCUCUUGGUUCCUUUGAAGAACCGUCUUCAGCUUCAACCAACAACGCCUCAUUUAAUUCGCGGAGAAGAGUGGACGGUUCUUUACUGCUUUCUCGUAUUUUAGGUAUUAGCCUGCAGCCUUUGCUAAUGGCGCAAAGCAGUUUGGACCCAACCAAUACCAGAGCUCAGAGAGCUCUUCGCCAACGCAGGUAUCAGUACCUCCACGUACCGAACCCGCGAAAUCCAAACCCUCCUGUAAUUUUGCAAAGACUCUUGGGACCCGCAGCACAGAGCCUCCCACUUUCUGCUAGUCAGGUCCUGGCAUCCAGCUUGAGAGAUACGAGAGUUCUUGUUAUGGACAAUGGACUUGGCAUCUUCACGAAUCAGGAGGAAGAACAGGUUGAUUUUGUCGAUCAGUCUGGAUAUUUGUACGGACCUAGUUUAGCUGCCACCUUGAAUAAUAUUCCAACGACUUUACACUGGUGGAUCGAGGAAAGCAAAUUAUUGGAUGGUGAUUCCCAACCCGACUGCUGUGUUGGGGUUGUACAUAAACUAAUUCCUGAUUUGGAAAAAUACCGAAAUGCGGAGUUAGCAGAGAGGAAAGAGAAGAGAAAGAAACAACAGGCGGCUGAGAAGGAAGCGGAGAAAGAUAAUAAGGAGGAAAAGGAUAAAUCAAGCACCACAGAAGCAGCUGAAGCUUCCACGACAAUGUCAGCCGAGGAACAAACGCCAACGACCUCCACUGCCCAAGAAGCAACCUCCCAAACAGCAAUAGCUGUCGAAGCAACUGUUGACACCAUCAGACCCGACCAACCCGCUGAAGAGGACAUAAUCGAAGUUACAGGCGAGAUGGAAGUGACAGUGCAAGAUGAGGAGGAGCAACCUCUACCACCUCCAGCGGAAGAUCAACCAGUCGAAGCCAGAGAAAUCCUGGCAGCAGCUCACAAUGCCACUCUGGAACUAGCCGAAAGCAUAGUUGAUUCCGUUCUUGGACCGAGUGCUUCUGAAGCCACCAGAUUGCAGAGGCAGUCCGAACGCAAUGCCGAAGACUCGAAUCUUACCGAAUCCGCGGCAGUCAGGAAUCUCAUCGAUUACAGUCGCGAAACUGGAGAAGAGAGCACAAGGGAGAAUGGCGAUCCCAGCGAUUGGAUUAGAAGACUCCUCACCGACGAUAACCAAUCCAACGUUGAGAGAAACGCCAAUGUCCUUGCUCAAGACUCGACCUCCUCCCCAACUGCAGAAGCCAGUGCUCCUGAAUCUGCGGAAGAGCAGCAACCUACGCCGGAAGACGAGCAGGCAGAGCAACCCGCCGCUCAGGAAUUAAUUCCCGAUGGCGUUGAUCCCUCUUUCUUAGCCGCUCUGCCCGAAGAAAUGCGCGACGAAGUUAUCGCGGAACAAAUGCGACUUCAGCGAUUGAGACAACGAGCUCAGGCACCUGUCGUGGAUGAGGUGGCCGGUCCAGUGGAAGUUAAUCCCGAAUUUUUGGCAGCACUCCCGCCAGCCAUUCAAGAAGAGGUCCUUGCCCAGCAGAGACUCGAGCAACAGCGUCAUGCGGCUGCGUCCGCGAAUCCAGAGGAUCCGGUCGAUGCCGCGGCUUUCUUCCAAAAUCUGCAGCCUUCCUUGCGUCAGGCCAUCCUGACCGACAUGGAAGAGUCGCAGAUAUCGGUUCUGCCGCCAGACUUGGCGCAAGAAGCUCAGAGUUUGAGACGCGAGUGGGAAGCUCGCAAUCGUCACAUAAUGCAGGAGCGAUUUCUAAAUCAUGUCAGUCAGGGUAGCACGGCCCUGUCGAGUAUUUUGAGAAGCUCGAGCCGCGGGAGAGGAGGCAGUACACGAAUUUCCAUCCAUGCGAUGCCACAGCGAGCCCAGUGGAAUUCUUGGAAUUCGAGGGGCGAGACGUGCAUUGCACAUCAACAGUCGGGCGCAGGGCUGAGGCUUAGAGGUCGCCAGCUGCUCGAUCACGAGUCGAUGGCGUGUCUCUUGGUCCUGCUCUUUGUUGACGAACCGAAGAUUAAUACUCUGAGGCUUCAUAGGGUUAUUAGGAACUUGUGUUAUCAUGGAAGUACACGAGAAUGGGUUGUAAAGGCAUUACUUGGAAUUCUGGAGAGGGGCAAUGACGAGAACAAGGACGUCAUUGCAGACUUCAUUGGAAAGUUCAAGAGGAAAGGAGCUCAUCCGGCCAUCGAAUAUUGUUCGCCGAAAGUUGAGAAUAGGGGGAAUUCGCAGUCCUGGUUAAACAUUAGCAUAGACGCUGCACUUGGUUGCAGGGCCAAUGUUUUUCACAUUUUGCGACACGGUGGAAAAAAGUCAGACCGACAAGGUCACAACAUAGCAAUUCACCCGCAAGCCGCUCCCACCGUCUGCCGACACACCCUGGAGUUGCUGAUUUCCUUGGCGAAGAGCUUCCCAGGAUACUUUGUGCCUUUGAAAUCCAAGGAAGCGGAGGAGAAGGAAAAAGAGAAGGAGAAGGAGGCGGCGAGUUUGAAACAGGAGGAAACCGGGGCAAAAUCGAAGACCCCAGCGAAGCCUGGCAAAAGUGACUUACCUGACUUUUGGGACAUGCUUUUGAGGCUUGACUCGUGCGCAUCGAAGAAGGGAAAAUCAGUGGCGAGGACGCACUCGAGUUCAAACCUAGGCAGUGAGCCCGAACAGGGUACCACCACUUUUGAAGCCUCGGCCUUCGGUCAACUCAUAUCGAUGCUUCACUGGUCUGUGAUUAAGAGGAGUAGCCAACUGACUGAUAAACUGUUGCGACUGCUCUCACUUAUCUCGAUUGGCUUGACGGAAGUCAGUCCUUAUCGAAGGCAGGAAACUGCGAAAAAUAAGAAGCUCGAUAUCAACAAGGAGCAGAGUGUUGCCGCACCCGAGGGACACAUCAAGCUGGCCGUCCAAGUUCUCACGAGCAAGAGCUGCUCCGAGGAAGGUCUCGAAGAUGCCACUGCCUUGCUUCUUAAUCUUUCACACUGUCCAGAUCCAACGAGGCAGUUGAUACUGAAGUUGUUGCUGGAAGGCGCGAUGGAACUUGCGAAAAUGGUGUGCAAACACAUCAAUGAACUGAUGAUGGAACUGAAGAUUCUGAACACCGAGAUUCACAGAAGAAACUCACUGGAAGAGCAGCCAUCGACAAGUGCAGGUGGUCCACGGGGCUUGCUACUUGAUAGGUUUACGAAUGACAAUGUCAUAAUUAGCGCACCGAGUAAAGUUAAAGCCGGCAGCGAUCUUCAACUGCCGUCGAUGGGCGCUCUCAUCAGUAAGACGUCUAGUCAAGCCUUCUUCCUUCGCAUACUGAAGGUUAUUGUACAAAUUAGAGAGGCCGUGCGUGUGGGUCACAAGAAGGCAACCGAAACAACUCCACCUGCCGAGACAACGGCGAUGGACACGGGCUCGACGAGUCAAAUUCAGGAGCCAGCAGCUCAGGAGGCAGCGGUUCAGGAGUCGUCAGCGGCUGAUGAAAUUGCCGAGACGGAAAGUGUUGCGAUGGACACGACUCAACCGAACACUUCGCAAUCGACAAAAGCGACAAAAGCGUCCAGUUCCAAGUGGAGUUUGGAGGAAGAAAAGCCUGCGCUUCCGCUAUUGAGCGAAAGUUUAGUCUUGGACAGUCUUUGGGAGACACUCAGUGCCUGUUUGCUCGAACUCGAGCAUACACCCGAUCAUCAUGCCGUCCUUGUUCUGCAGCCCGCAGUCGAGGCCUUUUUCUUAGUACAUUCGUCGUCCAGUAUAUCGCGGGAUCGAAACAACGAAAGCACAACGGAGAAUCGAGACCGGGAAGCUGUGCCAGAUUUGGCGCCUGUUUCCCCCAUAUAUUCCGACAGCGAAGGUACCACUCAACCUGAAUCUACCACAAACACAUCUUGGGAUUUGACACCAGCACCACAAAAGACUUUACCCCCUGACCAACUUAAGUUCCUUAAAUUUGCCGAAACGCACAGAACUGUGUUGAACCAAAUUCUUCGGCAAACAACUACUCACUUAGCAGACGGACCUUUCUCCGUGUUGGUGGACCAUACGAGAGUUUUGGACUUUGAUGUAAAGAGGCGAUACUUUAGAACAGAAUUGGAACGAAUGGACGAAGGUAUUCGUCGGGAGGAGUUGGCUGUUCACGUACGCAGAAGUCACGUCUUUGAAGACUCGUUUAGGGAACUCCAUCGUCGAAAUGCCGACGAAUGGAAGAAUCGGUUCUACAUCGUCUUCGAAGGCGAAGAGGGUCAGGACGCAGGAGGUUUGUUGAGAGAGUGGUACGUGAUAAUUUCGAGGGAAAUCUUUAAUCCAAUGUACGCGCUUUUCACCGUUAGUCCAGGAGAUCGUGUCACAUAUAUGAUCAACUCAUCUUCUCACUGCAAUCCCAACCAUUUAUGUUACUACAAAUUUGUUGGUAGAGUGAUAGCAAAGGCAAUUUAUGACAACAAAUUGCUCGAGUGCUACUUCACUCGUAGCUUCUACAAACACAUCCUAGGCAUCCUCGUUAAACACACUGAUAUGGAGAGCGAAGACUACAGUUUCUACAAAGGCCUCGUGUAUCUAACUGAGCACAAUAUCUCGGAAUUGGGAUACGAACUGACAUUCUCAGCUGAAGUGAAUGAAUUUGGAGUGAAUGAUGUACGAGAUCUGAUUCCUAAUGGCCGAAAUAUCAUUGUCUCGGAAGAAACGAAGCUCGAAUACAUUCGUCUCGUUUGCCAAAUGAAAAUGACUGGGGCAAUUCGAAAACAACUCAACGCCUUCCUGGAAGGUUUCUACGACAUCAUCCCUAAGAGACUGAUUUCUAUCUUUAACGAACAGGAACUAGAACUCCUGAUUAGUGGCUUGCCCAAUGUAGACAUCGAAGACUUGAAGUCCAACACAGAAUAUCACAAAUACAAUCCAACGUCUCUACAGAUCCAGUGGUUCUGGCGUGCAUUGCGAGGAUUCGAUCAAGCGGACAGAGCGAAAUUCUUGCAAUUCGUUACGGGCACGUCCAAGGUUCCUCUCCAAGGCUUCGGUGCACUAGAGGGCAUGAACGGCGUUCAAAAGUUCCAAAUCCACCGAGAUGAUCGUUCAACCGACAGAUUGCCAUCGGCUCACACCUGUUUCAAUCAGCUGGAUCUCCCCGUGUACGAAACAUACGACAAGCUGCGAAGUAACCUCCUGAAGGCGAUUCACGAAUGUAGCGAGGGAUUCGGAUUCGCGUAAAAAAAAACCCCAGAAAAGAACUAAUAAUAAUAAUAUCGUUGGGUAGCGUUCUCGCCUCCUCGUCGUCGUGGUCGCAGUGCUGCGAAAUAAUAAAAAUUGAUGGAUAUAUUCGAUGGUCGGUGUCAGUUCGCUUGUGUGCGCAGUGUACUUGAAAGGUAAAAUGAAAUUUGCAUAUAUAUGCUUGGUAUUCGCUCCCUACUGAAAUCGAAUAUAUACAUGUAUUAUGUAUACACACAGUGCACACUCAUAUGUAUAUACAAUUGUGGUGUAAUUACUGAUGAAGAUGUUGAUAAUGAUAACAUUCGAUGCUGCUCGAGUUAAGAGUUUAUUUUGUUGUGAAAGAUCUUGAAAGAGAGAGAGAGAGAUUCUUCGAGCUUAACGAUAAUUCCCAGCAGUGUGGAAGAGGAGGAGGAGGAGGAGGAGGAGGAGGAAAAGAAAGGAGGAUGAGGAGGAAUCAAUAAGUACAGUAGUAAUUUGUAAUGAAACAGGAGGAGGAGGAGGAAAAAACACGACACGUUUCGUAUGUAAUAAUAACUAGAUAGGCGUCCUAGGACGAUUUAAGGGGUAAUUAGGGCGAAAGUUGUAAUAUACUGCACUUUAAGUCGAAUCGGUGAUACGUCGUAACGCGAUUUCCUAGAAAUACUGAUGUGUGAGAAACAAAAUGAUGGUGAUGAAAGUGGGGUUCCAUUGCUUUCUUGGCAGGAAUUUUUUUGUUGUGAGGAGUCUGAAUGUGUUUUUGUUGUGUGAAAGGGAGGGAGAGAAAGGCGAUGAUGAUAUAUUCGAAGGAAAAUGAGCCUAAUCGAAAGAAGAAGAAAAAAAGAGUUUAGUUUAAAAAAAAAAGAAGGAAAAAGAAAAGAUUUGCAAUGUACACGCUAACUUGUCCCCUCCCCUUGUGCCCUGCCCCCCGCCUAUCCCCUCCCGGAGAGUAAUGUAUGGUUGUACACUAUUAGUAUUAAUAAUUCUAACUAAUUUUUAAUUAAUAGAGAUAAUCUUAACUUGAUAUCAUUUUAAUAUUAAUAAUUCAAAAUGUGAUGUUAAAAGAAGUGUAAUUUUUUUCUUGAGAUCUAACGAAAUAAAGUUUACAGUUGAACCGACAUUUAC